AGACAACGUCAGCGCUGUGGAGAUUGAUGUCAGAAAGGUUGGAAACUGCAGCUGUGAACCAUUUGUGUUUGUAGAUGGUGGUUGCAAGCAUCUCGUCUCACUUACUACAGGCUCUGCUAUGACUGUGGAUGUGAGUCUGUGUGACUGUACAUAUGGCAUCCCAUGUAAAGACAACAGGUGGCGCUCUGAUGGAAUACAUCAGAGCCCCCAGGUCAAAGUACACGAUUGUAGGGGAAGCUAUACGUUAUGUCGUCCCUGGACAUAUGCAAUGUUCAAUAGGCUGUAGAGGUCCAGCCUGCAAAUAUGACAACCCAAAUUACUGGAGUGAUAACCAACAGGCCAUAACAGGCCUCUACUCAUCAUGGAUCACUGAUCAUCUUCUGGCAAUGUCCAGACCCUCAACAGAAAUCAUUAAGAAGUAUCACAUCAUCGAUCAAUUCAGAAGGUAUAGACAAUUUUGUUUUCAGCAGCUUCCUGACUACGAACACACAGCACCUGAGGAGACGAUAAUAAUGCAUUUUUCAUGUCUCUGUUUGUGUGUGUGUGUGUGUGUGUCAAGGGAUGGUAUUAAAACAGUGAUCAACCUACAGAUACCUGGUGAACACGCCAGCUGCGGAAACCCUCUGGAGCCAGAGAGCGGCUUCUCAUACCGCCCAGAGGUCUUCAUGGAAAACAACAUUUAUUUCUACAAUUUCGGCUGGAGUGACUAUGGAGUGGCCAACCUGACAACGAUGCUCGACAUAGUGAAGGUCAUGGCCUUCGCCCUGCAGGAGGGAAAGAUAGCAAUCCACUGUCACGCUGGCCUCGGCAGAACAGGUGUGCUGAUAGCAUGCUUCUUGGCCUAUGCUACCAGGAUGACUGCUAACCAGGCUAUUCUGUUUGUUCGUGCUAAACGGCCCAACUCCAUCCAGACCCGAGGCCAGUUAGGAUGUGUCAGAGACUUUGUCCAGUUCCUUGCCCCUUUGAGGCGUGUGUUUUCCUGUGCUGAGCCCCGAUUCAACUCAGUCACCCUGUCCCAGUACCUGAACCGCCAGAGACACAUAUUGCAUGGCCAUGAGAGGAAGGAGCUGAGGCACCUGCCAAAGAUCGUCCGGCUAGUGUCUAGGCUGCUGUUGGACAUCGCAGAGAAUCGACAAGUGAUAGAGGAAGACAUUCUGGUGGCCCCUGAUGUUGAAGACAUAGAGAUGACUCUGAGCGUCAUUGAGAAGAUGGGCCCAGAGUAUUUUUUAAAGGAACCCCGCUUACCAGGUGCGCCCACAUUACCAAGGCAUUUUCACGAACCACCCAUUUUCUACCAUCGCAAAAGUCUGAGCUACAGUGAGUCUGACUUGACACGACUCGGCUCACAGUUAGGUCCCAUGUCACGGAGCAAUGUUGAAAUGUCUUUUUCUCCACCGGACCAGGCAAUCCAUAUUAAAGGUUGUGAAAGCAACAUGUCUGACUUUUCACACGGCUCAACAGGCUCACUCUGGCAAAUCAAGAAUUCAGAAAACCAAAAAGAUGGAUCCCGUCUACUGCAGAACGCCCAGCAGAGCACCAUCCAGCGUACUGGGUCUGUGGGAAACAAUGACUUUACCAAAAAAGGUAGCUUUUUAUCCAGGUGGAAUGUUGAGCAGAGGGACGGAGUAGUAAUGCAUGGGAAGAAGCCUGGAGAUAAGAGAGAAGAGGAGGUAUCAGACGUGCCCUUCAUCACCCUGCAGUCGGAGCUGUCCCCGGAGGCCCGGAGGCUUCUAUUGGCUCAGGCCCUGGCAGUGGACUUUUGUCUUGAUGGUGGAGAAGAGCAUAAGAGCAGCAUCCUCGCUUGGCAGGCAGAAUUGAACCUGGGAGGUGGCUGGGAGAGGCUGUGCAUGGAGCGGGACCCCUUCAUACUCACUGGGCUCAUGUGGUCCUGGCUGGAGCAGCUCAAAGAGCCGGUCAUCUCCAUCCAGGAGGCCAAAGCCCUGGACCCCAACAACACUGACGCUCAAACUGUCCUCAACACACUGGACAAGGCCUGUUUACAAACAUUAACUUGCAUACUAGAUUGUAUGGCUCAUAUGCAGCAGAUACCAGAAGAGGUUGAAAAUGCUUUCCUGAAUCGUACAAUCAAGGCUUUCACCUGGAUGAGAAAUAUCUCAGAAGAUGAUAGCAAAGUGUACGAGUCCAUGAUUGCAGUCCUAAGAUGUGUCCUUGAGGACAUGAGGAGAAUCGCCAAAGAACAGGAAGAGAUGCAAGCAUUGAGUCCAACAUUUUCCUACACUUAAAUAUAUUUACUACCAGUCAUGCAUGCACUGCCUGGACUUCCAUGUGGACGCAUGAAGGAGGAAAGGAUGCUUUUGUGCCUUAAGGAUUAAAUGUGUAAUAAUAAUAACAGCUCUUUAAAUAUA